AUGAGCCUCUCUGAGGCGCGGGCGCACACCGAUAUGGGCACGGAGCUUGCAGGCGCUAAGUCCGCGCGGACGUGCGAGCGCAAGUGCGAGGAUUGGAUCAAUGCAAACACGUUCGGGCGCGGCGAGACCGCGGUGUAUUGCGCCGGGAUCAGCGCGCAUGACAGCGAGGGUGCGCACGGGCGGGGUUCGUGGCGUUCGUGGCGUUCGUUCGCGGUAUUGGUAUUGGUCGUGUGGGCGUGGGCGUGGGACAAGAGGAUCGUCGGGAGCAGCAGGCACAGCAGAGGCGUUGCCGUUCCGGGCGGCGACGGGAAUGAGGGGGAUGGGGGCAAGGAAGCACGAUUCACGGUUCACGAAGCGCACGCAUGGUCCGGGGGCUGGGGCGCGCCGCGCCAGAGCACAGAGCACACGGCCCGCCUGGACGGCGGUGGGAGAAACCUCGAGUGUCCGAGACUGCAGCAUGGCGCGCGGAAACGAGGCGAGGCUGUGCGGCGACGGACCGGUGCGCGCGAUCACAGUGCAGGCACACACGUACGAGCGUAUGACUUCAUCGGCGAGCAACACCCACUGGCACUGCGGGGCUGCCGGCGGCGGACGAUCCGCGAUAGUGUCAGAAGUGACAAAAGGACUGAAUGCGCGAUGGGAGCGAUCGUGCGCGGCGCGGGUGCACACGCAGAAGCAUUGAAAAAGACGAAAGAAACACGGGCACGCGCAGGACGGGUGCUCGCCGCGCUCCGCAGACAAUACGGCUGUGGCAUGCGAUCGAGAGACUGGGAGAGGCCGUCGGACCUGUACGUGAUCAAGAGCCCGGGACGGCGGUGGGCGCAACGUGGCCCGUUUCCGGAACGGAUGGAUAGCAGCACACUGCACAGUGCCGCAGCUCGCUCUCGCAGGCGCCCGAUCGCCUUCAGAGCCGUGGGAACGCGUGCGCUGCGGUAUUCCUGUCGCGCAGGGUCCGGCGACGGCGCCCUGCGCCCCCUGCAGGCAGCUGGGAAACGGCGAAACGUCCGCAUGGACGUUUCGUUUCGAGUGGCCGUUUGGCUGCAGCGCGCGGCAGCGGAUAUCGGUGUAUCAGGCAUCAGGCAUCAGGAAUAUGUGCCAUCGAACGUGCACGCCGCGCAGGCAGGCAUGACGGCAGGCGCAGAGCAUCGGACGGGAAUCACGGCAUGCCCUGGCUUCGCAGGGCCCGGCGGAGGUGGGCGUCCGGGUGCAGCACGAGCAGGCUGGCGCGGCGGACGGGCGCGUGGGUGCUCCCCAUUGUUGUUGCUGUUGUUGUUGUUGCGGGCACGAUGCGCGUGGAAAGCGGUGCAGCGAAUCGUCGGAGCGCGUAGCUCGCGUAUGACGGAGGGACAGCUGAAUCGCGCUCGGCAAGGUUCGCGCAGAGGCCAGGGUGUGCGCGAUGGGAGUGCGAUGCGCGAGGCGAGGCGGCGGCAGGCUGCUCGUGAGCUUGGCUGGUGA